GAAACCUUUUACAAGAUGAAAACAGUACUCUUAUUCCUUCUUUUCUCCACAAUCUCGCUUUCUUUCGGCCAAAAAUCGCCUGAUCAAGUUCGUGACACUGACGGGAACUUGCUGCGAUCUGGCACAGACUACUACAUCUUGCCUGUAUUCCGAGGAAGGGGUGGUGGAGUAACACUAGCUCCCACGAGAAAUGAGUCAUGCCCGCUUGACGUAGUCCAAGAAGGCUUCGAGCUCAAGUUCGGUCUGCCAUUGAAGUUCACACCAGUGAACUCCAAGAAAGGCGUCAUCCGGGAAUCCACAGAUCUUAACAUUAUGUUCUCGGCUUCAACAUCAUGUGUUCAGUCUAACGUUUGGAUGCUCGAGGCGUACAAGGGACAACUGAUCGUGUCCGGUCAUGGGGUGUGGGGAAACCCUGGUCGGGAAACCAUAAGCAACUGGUUCAAGAUAGCAAAGUAUGAAAAUGACUAUAAGCUUGUCUUCUGCCCUACCGUGUGCAACUAUUGCAAGCCUGUUUGUGGAGAUAUUGGUGUUAAAAUUGCUGAAAAUGGAAGCAGACGUCUAGCUAUWAGURAWGUGCCUUUCAAGGUUAAGUUCAGGAAGGCAUAAUAUGAGCAUACUUACUUGUGUUUAAUUUACAUGUAAAAAUARAAGACAUGGACUUAAUGUCUUCUAAUUUUAUAAUUAAAUAAACGGUGAAUAAAACACAAUCGGGUUCUGUUUA